GAGAAACAAAUUGCACGUAAGCAAUCACCCCGCUCGGUCAUAAAAAAGCCACAUAUUUUCACAAGUCUUGGGACUCAUUGAAUUGCAGGUAUAGGUUAUCUUUUCUUUUUCAAUCGUUGCGAAUUGUUUCACUGCAGCAUUUAUUUCUCAAGCGUCUGAUUAUUGUAUAAUACGGCAGGAAAGUGGAAGAUGGACUGCAGUUAACUCUCUCGUUCGUUUUCGAGUCCAAGAGAACGUUGCAACUUCUAGAGAAAUCUGGCGAUUGAUUUGCGCAUCACAAAUACCAAUAAAACGGCUUGUCAAUUGCGCGUUUUUCACGCCAAAUGUGGAGUGUCUUACAUCGCUGUGUUCAAUGUUAUAAGCGGUCCUGAGACGAAGCAGGAAAGAGAAACUUGAGCUCAAAAUACCGGCAGACAUUUGCGGAAAGGCGACCCGCUGGCCAGUUUCAACGUGGGCGCAUGUUCAACUGCAUUGCUUAGGGCAUUUGCAUUAAGCAUAGUUUGAAGAUUGAAAGCAUGUGUCUAUUCUAAAAACGUUGUCGGGGUGAAUUUCAAAUGGACAUAUUGACUAGACUUCGCACAAAAUAAUCCCAGGACAAGUCAUUACAAUGUGAAAGGUCAACAAAAGGUCACAAAGUAUUGUCACCUAGAAACAACAGUCUUCUCUGAGUCCGCUGGCCACAGCAAAUUUGAUCGGCUGUCAUCAAACCAUCCAGUGCUCACGUGAAAUUCAAGCCAUCAGAGAGUUCCCCAGGCGACUUUAGACUCGAAAACCUCAAAGAUGCCUUCUGGUGUUCGCAUUUAACCCUUGUGCUGGUACCAAUUCGCACUGUUUUUAUGAUGGGCUAACACUGUUCAAGGAAUUUGUAACUUGUGGAUUUGAGUGGGGAGAGUUGGCAUUUGCGAUGAGUUGGUGUUAUGCAGCGAUAUUUCUGCUUCUGACUGGCUGUGGUGUAACUCACGGCGCAGACUAUAAGCUCGGACUUCUCAUUCCUUAUACAAAUGUCGAUGCUAUAAUCAAGAAUUCCUAUUUUACGGGGAAGCAGUUUGCCGCCGCGAUGACUCUGGCCGUCAACGAUAUUAACGCACGAUCAGACCUGUUACCGAACGAUACUAUUUCUUUCGAGUGGCGUGACACGGACUGCAAUGUUUUCUCCACAGUUCGUCACCAAAUUGAGAUGCUACAGAAGGAUUUUACUGCGUUUAUUGGACCAGGUUGCUAUUGUAAACUCGCCGCAAAGAACGCCGCUGCCUUCAACAAAACCAUGAUAUCUUACAUGUGCACAAGUCCGGAGUUAAGUAACAAAACAGAGUACCCAACAUUUGCCCGAACUUUUGCUGUUGACACCAAAGUAACGCCUACUGUGAUCGGAAUUCUGAACAAGUUUAAAUGGGACCAGGUCGCGAUUAUUUACGAGAGAUUGGACAAAUAUGUGCGUUUAUCCAAGUUUAUGGAAAAAGAGCUGUUGAAGAUGAAAAUUAAAGUGAAUUACGUGGCCGCAGUACAGGACGAGAGCACAUAUUCACAGUUUUAUAACGAGAAUAAUUUGAAGUAUGAAGAGGAGUUUACUGAUGUGCUAGAGAACAUUAAGACAAGGGCCAGAAUUGUGAUCAUGGUGACGUCAUACAACAUGGCGGUGGAGGGGAUGCAUCUGGCCAAGAACCGCGGGCUCAUAAAUGGGGAGUAUGUGUUCCUUGUGUUUGAAAUGAGCCCGAUGAUGUCAGAGUACAUGGACAAGGCGCCUUUCAAGUGGUUUUUCAAUAAACUAACAUGGAACAUGACAGAAAUGAAGGCGGCGCUUAUCGUCACGGGGAACAGCUUCAAAGGCGACAAGUACGAUAACUUCACGCGUAACCUGUUUCUAUGGACAUCCCGACCACCCUUCAACAACAACUACUACGUCAACAAGACAGGCCAUCCCGAGCCCCCCAUGUACGCUGCCUCGCUUUAUGACGCUGUUCAGAUCUUUGCCGUCGCACUAAACAAAACUCUGGCUGCCAGUGAGCCCGUGAUCGGCCAGUUGAUUCUCGACAAACUCAAGGAUCACACGUAUAGAAGUAUUCGCGGUUAUGACGUCCAUCUUGACAAAAAUGCUGAUGCGGAGUUUAAUAUGACUCUGAGAAACUACAGACCAAUUGCCAACCAAUCAGGUCUUCCUGGUGUGAUGAAGGAGGUGGCCUUGUUUGAGCCCUUCCCUACCGACCCCGAGCACCUCGAGCUCAAGUUUUUCACUGGGCAAAGUAUCCGCUGGUUUGGGUCCGAAUGGCCCCCUGUCGCAGAACCCAAGUGCGGGUUUAACGGCGAGCACUGCAAACCGGACAAGAAAGUCAUUGACGAAACAACAACAAUCAUCACCACAAUCUCAGUCACUCUCGGAGUCUUGGCUGUUCUCCUUAUUGUUAUUCUAGUGAGGCACUAUAUUGUUGAGCGAGAGCUGCAUAGCAGGCUAUGGAGGAUCGAAUACAACGACUUGGUGUUUAGCACCCACACACACAACCCUGAAGGCUCGAUAGCUAGUAGUGUCAUGAGACUGAAUGGCGACCCGGAAAUGCUCCCACUCGUAGACUUCCAGAUGGAGGGAGAAAAGUCAACUACUGUUGCCCAGUAUGGGGGGAUGCUAGUCACGGUGGCGGCGCUGCCAAAGCGAACUAUAGACAUCAGCCGUCAGCUGCUCCUCGAGAUGAAGCAGAUGCGUGACAUAAGACACGACAAUCUGAACCAGUUCAUCGGCGCAUGCGUGGGACCACCAAACGUGUGUAUUGUGAUGCAGUACUGCUCUAGAGGGAGUCUUCAGGAUAUAUUAGAAAACGACGACGUCAAACUUGACUUAGUGUUCAUCGCGUCUCUUCUCUCCGAUAUAGUCAAGGGCAUGGAAUAUCUCCAUAACUCAGAUAUACGUUCCCAUGGUAACCUCAAGUCGUCUAACUGCUUGGUGGACAGUAGAUGGGUCCUCAAGAUCACUGACUACGGACUGCCGUUACUGAGGUCAAGGUCAAAGAAAAGCACAAUAGAAACAAACUGGAGAGACCUAUUAUGGGUUGCUCCUGAAAUAUUACGCAUCCCGUCACGACCCCCCAAGGGAACGCACAAGGGUGACGUGUACAGUUUUAGUAUCAUUUUACAAGAGUUCCACACGCGGGAUGGGCCUUACAGCGCAAACUACAUGGAGCCAAAAGCGAUCAUUGAGAAGGUUCGUAAGAGCGAAUUCCCUCCCUACCGACCUAUCGUCGCUAAUCUGAUAGACGGCGCGGAAGAGCUAAGAGACCUGAUGAAGCAAUGUUGGGCAGAGGACCCGGACCUGAGGCCGGAUUUCACCGAGAUCAAGAAAACCGUCCGCAGAAUCGUCGACAAAAGCGGCAUGAAAAAGAAUAUAUUCGAUAACAUGGUAAACAUGAUGGAGAUCUACGCAGACAACCUGGAGAACCUCGUGGCGCAAAGGACGGAUCAGCUAGUAGACGAGAAACGCAAAACGGACGCACUACUUGAGAGUAUAUUACCGAGACCGGUUGCCGAGCAGCUAAAAAAGGGUAAAGCUGUAGAAGCCGAGAGUUUUAAUGAAGUGACGAUAUACUUCAGUGACAUUGUUGGUUUUACGAGUCUCAGUGCCGAGAGCACACCGAUGCAGGUCGUAACUUUUUUAAACGAUUUGUACACGAUAUUUGAUGAUAUUAUUCAAGAGUAUGAUGUUUAUAAGGUCGAAACUAUUGGUGAUGCGUAUAUGGUGGCCAGCGGUCUUCCCAUUCGUAACGGCCGGCGCCACGCGGGCGAGAUUGCUAAGAUGGCGUUACAUUUGGUUGACGCUGUGUCACACAAUUUCAUCGUUCGGCAUAAACCUGAAUACAAGCUUCAGCUGAGAGUUGGGUGCCAUACAGGCCCUGUAGUUGCGGGAGUGGUUGGUAACACAAUGGCUAGAUACUGUCUAUUCGGUGACACAGUGAACACGGCUUCAAGAAUGGAGUCCAAUGGUGAACCUCUUCGGAUCCACAUCAGUCAACAGACGAAGGAUGUUUUAGACGAGCUCGGGACGUUCGUUGUAAAAAGUAGAGGAAAAGUGCAUCUUAAGGGAAAGGGCACCGUGGAGACAUUCUGGCUCGUGAGCACAGUGGACAAGAACGAGAGUUGGCACACUCGCGCGCUACCUACGAUAGAACCCGCUCCACUUAUGAACCUGUUCGGUACUCCUCACAGCUCACCACAAUUCCCCCGCGUCAACUCAAUCAAGCGCUCUAUACGCGCGCGGACUCAUGGGAGAAGCAACGGGCCCAGUCAAAGUUGAUGUCGACUCCGCAUUGGAACCAAUCUGCAAGGACUUCCUUGUUACACUCGGUUUGUCUUCGCUAUAUAGAGGUUUUAUUCGGCAAGUCGUCGUCUCUACAUCGAUGGGGCUCGCCUAAGGUCGGCGAGUCUCCGACUCGCUUCGCGGAACAUUGGCAAUUCGUCGAUGAUACAUCGACGAUAUUCACUUAGGGUCGGCGGAUUCGACCAAAAAUAUGAUGUCUCAUCAAAAUAUCAUCAAAAUGUCAUCAAACCUCUCUCUUCUCUCCGGUCACUGUAAGCGUGGACAUUUUCCUGUCACAUUUUCUCACAUCUCCUGUAUGCAAACAGAAAAAAAUGAAAAAAAAAAACUCCUCAUAAAAUGACUACCGGCAAAUUGCAGAGUCUCCGAAGCGUAAAGUCGGAGCCCGUAACCAAGUAAUGUCGAGGCUCAGCGGAAAUUCAUAAUAUGAAUAUGCCAGUAACAAUGAUCAUUAUUUCGAAGCAAAUGCUGAACUGUUUUCCUUUUCUGUUUGCCAUUUCCUUUGCGAAAUGCAAACGUGAAAAAAAAAAACAAUAUUAUCAAUAUGUCCCAGAAAUGAAGUACAGGUAAAUCCAAUUACUUCGCGACUGCGUAGAUUUUUAAUUUUACGGAGAGCCCCACGAGCAUCCCAAACUCUUGAACUUGUUAAAGGGACCGUAGAAGUGUAUGGUGAUAAGAAGUGUUGGUAUAAAAAGAACACUUCCACAUUUAUCAUAUUUAUCUAAACAUCAGUGAAAACAGUCUCUUAAUGUUCGUGGACGCGACUUUCGUGACAACGUAUGCUUUCGUAGAUUGGGAGAUCGUAUAAUAUUGGAGAAUGGUUAUGACAUCCAUGAAGUACUAGCCUUGUCGAAUGACUAUGUCGGAUGACAGAACAUUGGAAACCCGGGAUUCCCCAUACAUUUGAAAAAAGGUGUAAGGCAGAUUUAUUUAGGCAUAAAAUGAUGCACUGAUAUUUUAGUUUUUUUUUAUCGAUCAUUUAUGCGCAAUUUUGGUCCUACAAACCGUAUAACCAGGAAUUAGAGAUGUUUCUUCUUUAAAGAGUAGGGUACAGUGUAGGGUUUUCCCUGAUCUUUUGUGCACAGUUCUCCUGGUGUUCUAAAUGAGGAAAGAAUACAAUUGUUUGUUGUUGUUUUUUCAGGAAAAUAAGUAACAUGCUCCCACGUCCCGUUUCCGGGUCCGUUUCCCGCGUGACGGACCCGCGUGACGGUUGCACUCGGAGAAUCUGUGUAUCGUAAUCCUGCAAGUAAAUAAGCGUAAAUAAAAUACCAAUCCAGGUUCCACAAGCCGUAUAAUUUUUGUUUAUGUUCUUAUAAACAUUCACAUAGCUUUCAGAUACAAGAAUUCAGUCGUUUAUACAUUUACCCAUGAACCAGCGCGGGUUAUGACACAUGGGUUCUCGUGUGCGACCUAAUUUGAAAUAGAUGUAUUGGAAAUUGAGUGGUAUAAACCAUGUGAAUGUUAAUCCAAUACUUAACAUAUAGGUCAGCUUUCCUGUAACUAGGUAUCCCUGCACAGGCUUACCAAUCUCUCAGUCAGUCUCCAGUCAAGUUAACGCGUAAACCCUUAAACUGCUCAAACGUUACAAGUACCGCUUAUUCUGAUUAACACAAAGCAACGAGAGUUUAUUGUGACCUUUAUUCUAGGAUAUAAGACAAUUACAGGACAAUUACAGGGGGUGAUCAAUCGUGAAAAUAUUCGAGAUGGUUAUUGAAACUGACUGGAGACUGACUGAGAGGUUGGUAAGCCUGUGAUCCCUGCGGUGAAUGUUUCCUAUUGUAGAAGAAUUUGAUACAAAGCUUUAUUGUACAUAAAGAAAUUAUAGAGUAAUUUCCAAAAUCCCGUGCAACAAAAUGUAAUUGUUAAAGUGUAAUAGUCAAGCCAGAACAAAAAAGAACAAAGAGAUUAUAGUGUAUUAGUACUAAAUAAACGUAAUAGUAUUUCACGGGUUUUUGAAAAUCACUCUAGUAACUAUACAAUAUAAAGGACAAUUUAAUCGUAUGUAUAUAGAAAAAUUGGAAUAAUAAAAUCAGUAUUUAAUUGGAA